AUGGCAUCGCCUUAUCUGACAUCUGAUGGAGCAAGACACCUCCAGAAGUACACCUACACUGGUACAGAUAACUCUAUUUUUUAUAGUUUGAUAUUAUCACCACUAUCAAAUGCUUUAAUCCAAGGAACACCUACAUGGAUAUCGUAAUUUUUAUGUAGCCCUAACAUGGUACUGGUUAUCUAGAUUACAAUGCUAGGCGUGAAUGCAUUAUUAUUCUUCACAACAGAAAUCUCCCUAAAAUAAAAAAAUAAUUAUCAAUUUUUAUGUCAAAAAAAAGAAUUUGCUAUUAAAACCAAUAGGAUUAAUCUUUAUAAAGUAAAAUAUUAAUUUACGUCUCCACCUCCCUUCAUUGUGGGUCAAGCUUAUCAUGCCGACUUCCAGACUCAGUCUCAUUGAUCUGCACAAUGCUCUAUUUCGCAUGGGUUGUAUUUGAUAACAUGGACGGCAAGCAAGCAAGAAGGACUCAGUCAUCAACUCCAUUAGGACUCAUUUAUGACCGUCAGUCAGAUGCUAUAGAAGCUACUGUUAUGUCGACUUUCUUUGGAAUCCUCUCACUCUAUGGAAACUCGCCAUAUACAAUUGCCAUAUGGACCAUUGCAAUGAUAGGAUGCUAUUUUGAGAACUGGGAAGCCUGCUAUACUGGUUCAUAUAGUUCUUCAAGCAACAAGCCACUUUUUAUUGGAAUUCUUGCAUUAACCUGUGCUAUGUUUAGCCCUGAAUUCUUUACGACAACUAUGGUACUACAGACCGAAAUUCGCGCUUUAGCCCUUUGUGUUUUUUGCAGCUGGGUAACUAUAGAAGUCUCAAUCAGGUAAAAACUACACAGAAUCUUCAACGUUCUUAUGAAAUCUGAUAAAAAAACUGACGCUUUCAUGAGUUUAGGCUCCUUAUUUUACCUAAUCUUCUGUGUAGCCGUCAUCUUUGUGUUUUCUCCUUCAGGGCUAGCCUAUACUGGCACAAGAGAAGUCAUUUUAUUUUACUCCGCCCCAUCCUUGAUCAAACGACUCGCCGUCGUUCGAUCAAGGAUAGGGGUUAAAAAAAAUUUUUUGUGGGAUAAAAAUUUAUAUAUAAAAUAAAUAAAAUAUAUAUAUAUAUAUAUAUUUUUUUAUUUACUUUUAAAUAAGAGGGUUAAAAGUAUUUAAUAAUUAUUUUUACAGCAAAGAAUCGAAUUAAUUUCAUAAGAAUACCAAUUUUUAAUAUUUUGAUUUUUUGGUUACCUCUUUAAAUUGUAUAAAAUUUUAAUUUGUUUCUUAUUAAAUUAAAAUUUUUAAUUUUAAAGAAUCUCUAUUUUUUAGAUUAUUGAGUUUUUAAUCCUAUGUUGAUGACUAAAUCACUUCGGAUGGUUGAUUUCGUAGCUUCCUUAAGUCUCAAGCCUCUGACAACAACUUCAUUAUGCACAUCUUCCCAAGCUUUUGAUAACUAAUAUAUUUUUAUAUAUUUAAAAAUUUGCAUGAUAUGAAAAUCGUUCGAUCAAGAAUGGGGGUUAAUUUUUCCCAAUUUUAGGAAUUUUUACAGUCAAUCGUUCGAUCAAGAUUGGUGGGGGGGAGUUAGGGUUUAUUUUUGCUAGAGAAAUGGGAUUUUUCCAGAUAGCUCAUAUAAGUGAUACAGAAUAUGAGCCUUUGAACACCCCAAAUUUCGCAUUGCUUUCUUUUUUUAUGUUUAAUACAUCAUGUCAUGCGUGGGGAUUCCCAUUGUUUGAUGAGUAUAAUUUACUAUUGGUUUUGACAAUUUUGGCAGGCCUAAGCUACAUUCAUUUUAUAUACUCAGUUACACAUGAAAUUACGAAAGAGCUGAAUAUCCCAAUUCUUACAAAUUUGCGUAAGUUUUAUGUAGAGAGAAAAGUUCAGUCAGUUUAA